UCCACGCGUGUUGCCCCAUACCAUACAUCGUACUUUGUGUGCUGUGCAGCUCGCACUCCUUAGCUGAGAUUGGCUGGUAUGACUCAAGCGGUACACUGUCUGAUCCCUGAAAUUGUAUUUUGAUCAGGGCGGUCCGAUAACGAUCGGACAAGACUGGAGAAACAUGACCGAAAGAUUUGUGGUCAUCCCCGUGGGGCAGGGUGACAAUGAAAACCGUGAAGAAGUACCUGAGGACGGAGGGAGAGGAGCGGGAGGUGAUGUUAUUGACCACCAAGGCGUAAUUCCCAUUCUUGAGUACAGCAGAGAGCCCAACAAAUACGGUGAUGGCAACCCAAAGGAGAGCAGCCCAUUCAUCAACAACACAGACAAUGACAAAGGCACGCUGUACGAUGGCAAAAACAUGGCCCUCUUCGAGGAGGAGAUGGACAGUAACCCCAUGGUGUCCUCACUGCUCAGCAAGCUGGCAAACUACACCAACCUCACCCAGGGGGUCAGGGAACACGAGGAGGCCGAUGACGACGAGGGAGCCAAGAAGAAGGCUGUCAAGAGUCCUCAGAUGGGCACGUUCAUCGGCGUCUACCUGCCGUGCCUGCAGAACAUCCUGGGCGUCAUCCUCUUCCUGAGAAUGACGUGGAUUGUUGGCACAGCGGGCAUCCUGGAGUCCUUCAUCAUCGUGGCCAUGUGUUGCUCCUGUACAUUGCUGACAGCGAUAUCAAUGAGUGCCAUUGCAACAAAUGGUGUUGUCCCAGCUGGAGGCUCAUACUACAUGAUCUCUCGAUCCCUGGGCCCAGAGUUCGGCGGUGCGGUGGGCCUUUGCUUUUAUCUAGGCACCACGUUUGCAGGAGCAAUGUACAUUCUGGGUACCAUUGAAAUUCUCUUGACUUAUAUAGUGCCAAGUGCGGCCAUUUUCAAAGCAACGGAGAAGGAGUUUGAGGCGGCAGCCAUGUUGAAUAACAUGAGAGUCUAUGGCACCGGCUGUCUGGCUCUCAUGGCUUUGGUGGUCUUUGUGGGCGUGAAGUACGUCAACAAGCUGGCGUUGGUCUUCCUGGCGUGCGUAGUGCUCUCCAUCCUCUCCAUCUACGCGGGGGUCAUCAAGACCAUCUUUGAACCCCCAGAUUUUCCGAUUUGUUGGCUGGGGAACCGCUCUCUCCAGAACCACGGGUUCGACAAGUGCAUGAAGACGGAGGUGAUAGACAACAUGACGGUCACCACCGACCUCUGGGGCCUCUUCUGCGACGGGCCCUCACUCAACGCCUCGUGCGAUGAGUACUUCAGGGACAACGAAGUCACCCAAGUGCAGGGCAUCCCUGGGCUCAUGAGUGGGCUCAUAUUAGAGAACAUGUGGUCAACUUAUGGCCCUGAUGGUAUGCUUGUGGAGAAGAUAAACUUCCCGUCGAAACCGGCCACAAACACGUCUCAGGACAUGUAUAUGCCAUACGUGGUCAACGACAUCGCCACCUUCUUCACCCUGCUGGUCGGCAUCUACUUCCCCUCAGUCACGGGUAUCAUGGCAGGAUCAAACAGGUCAGGUGACCUAAGGGACGCCCAGAAGUCUAUUCCCGUAGGAACCAUCCUCGCCAUAGUAACCACCACCAUCAUCUACCUGACCUGUACGGUGCUGUUUGGAGCCUGCAUCGAGGGCACCGUCCUGCGGGACAAGUUUGGUGAUUCGGUUAAAGGAAACCUUGUGAUUGGCACGCUUUCCUGGCCGUCACCAUGGGUGAUUGUGAUUGGCUCCUUCUUCUCCUGUUGUGGAGCGGGGCUUCAGAGUCUCACUGGCGCCCCCAGGCUGCUGCAGGCCAUUGCGCGUGAUGGCAUAGUGCCCUUCCUGGAGGUGUUUGGCCAUGGGAAGGCCAAUGGUGAACCCACCUGGGCUCUGCUGAUGACAGCAUUCAUCUGUGAGAUUGGCAUCCUCAUCGCCUCACUGGACGCCGUCGCCCCCAUCCUCUCCAUGUUCUUCUUGAUGUGCUACCUGUUUGUGAAUCUGGCCUGUGCCCUGCAGACUCUGCUGCGGACACCCAAUUGGAGGCCUCGUUUCAAGUUCUACCACUGGGCCUUGUCUUUCCUGGGCAUGAGUCUGUGUCUGGCCCUAAUGUUCAUCUCCUCCUGGUACUACGCCCUGGUCGCCAUGGUGAUUGCAGGAUGCAUCUACAAGUACAUUGAAUACAGAGGUGCGGAGAAAGAGUGGGGUGAUGGGAUUCGGGGUCUCUCCCUCAAUGCUGCUCGCUACGCCCUGAUGCGCCUGGAGGAAGCCCCACCACACACCAAGAACUGGAGGCCCCAGCUGUUGGUGCUGCUGAACUUGGACUCGGAGCUGUGUGUAAAGCACCCGCGCCUGCUAUCCUUAACGAGCCAGCUCAAGGCUGGCAAGGGCCUCACCAUCGUGGGCUCCGUGCUGGAGGGCACCUACCUCACCAAGGAGACGGAGUCCAAGAAGGCAGAGACGAACAUCAAGUCGUCCAUGACUGCUGAGAAGACCAAAGGCUUCUGCCACGUGGUGGUGUCAUCCAACCUGCGCGACGGCUUCUCUCACUUCAUCCAGUCGGCGGGUCUCGGGGGCAUGAAACACAACAGCGUCCUCAUGGCCUGGCCCGGCAGCUGGAGGCAGUCCAACGACUCCCAGUGCUGGAAGAACUUCAUCGAAACUGUGAGGGAGACCACAGCGGCCAGUCAAGCAUUGCUGGUGGCCAAGAAUGUGGACAGCUUCCCGACCAAUCAGGAGAGGCUGGGGGAGGGCACCAUUGACGUGUGGUGGAUCGUCCAUGAUGGAGGCAUGCUGAUGCUCCUCCCCUUCCUGCUCCGACAGCACAAGGUGUGGCGUAAGUGUAAGAUGCGCAUCUUCACCGUGGCUCAGAUGGAUGACAACAGCAUCCAGAUGAAGAAGGACCUCCAGAUGUUCCUCUACCACCUGCGUUUGAAUGCUGAGGUUGAGGUGGUGGAGAUGCAUGACAGUGACAUCUCCGCCUUCACCUAUGAGAAGACCAUGGUGAUGGAACAGCGCACCCAGAUGCUCAAGCAGAUGCAGCUCUCCAGGACAGAGAGGGAAAGAGAGAUUCAGAGCAUCACGGAUGAGUCGCGUAGCUCCAUCCGCAGGAAGAACCAAAUCGGGGCUAGCGAACCCGGCACGAGCCGGCAGACGGAGGACAACCAAGAGGACGAGGCCCAGCUCAUUCACGACCGGAACACCGCCUCUCACGCAGCCAUGAAUGACAAGGCUGACGCCACGCCCGACCGGGUCCACAUGACCUGGACCAAGGAAAAGUUCUUCACCGAACGCAACAGGAACCGCGAGGCCAACGCCAACAUAGCCGUACGCGACCUCUUCAACAUGAAGCCAGAGUGGGAGAGUCUGAACCAGUCAAACGUGCGGCGCAUGCACACGGCGGUGAAGCUGAACGGGGUGGUGGUGAACAAGUCGCAGGGGGCGCACCUGGUGCUCCUCAACAUGCCGGGCCCGCCCAGGAACCGGGGUGGAGAUGAGAACUACAUGGAAUUUCUGGAGGUUUUGCUGGAGGGUCUCAACCGGGUCCUCUUGGUGCGGGGCGGCGGCCGCGAGGUCAUCACCAUCUACUCUUAAAGACUGCGUUGCCGUGGGUAACAGCCAUCAGCCCCCCUCUCCUGCCAUGCCUCGACAGUUUCCGGAAAAAUCCAUUUAGGGCAGGGGGCUUUUAGCAGUGGCAUUACAACUGGCGGUGUUUCUUUCAAGGGUGGGGUGCCCCUUUUGGCGACCCUGCCAUGGGGCGUGCCACCUGUCGGAGAAGCGACGGCAGGCGUGGCGAGAGUGACCCCCCCCACCUUCAGCUGAGGGCCAGAGCUGAAUACUACCAUUUUUAUGUUGCCACGGCAACAGACUGUCUUUGCCCACCCCCCGUGUUGUCGUGCUUGGGUUUGUCAGUCUCCCUAGUGUGUGUGUGUGUGUGUGUGCGCACAAUGCAUCCUCUUUGUGUAUUUUAAUCUGUAAUAGCAAAUGUACAUUAAGCAGACCAUGGCAGUGUAUGUAAGACACAUAAUCUCAUGUUGCUCUUAUUGUUUCUUUUGGUUGUAUCUCUCUUUUGGGGGGUGGGGGGGUCCAGGUUUGGGGUGGGGGGGUAAUUAUGAAGGAAGAGACGCACAUUUCCAUACAGUUUGGCUGCUCUCUCUCCCUGACCAGAGACAUUUAACUAGCCUAUGAAGACGCUUUUAAUCUAUACUGUUCCUAUUCCUCAAAGGAUUAGGGUAUGAAGAGAGUGAUCUUGACAUUUCUCCAGACACUCGAGGUGCUAUACCUUCAGAGCUGGCAUAUAUGUUUGUUUUUUGAAGGGGGUCAGGGGGGGAGUUUAACCUUUCUAUAUGACCCAGAUUAUGCCCAUUGUCCGUUCCACAAUACCUUCUGUUUUUGCAAGUCAGACAGAGGUCAUCUUUUAAGUCCCAUAUUCUCACAAAACUGUAUGUCAUAUGAAGGGAUUGUAUUCUUUUUUUUGUUGUGGGCCGGGGGGGGGCAUGCUAAUGUCGCCUCAGUUUUUUGGCUGUGUGUGUCUAAGGGAUUGGCCCAAUGCGUAAGUGUGGGAUCAGAAUGUGCAAUAGUUGUUCCUAUGUGAAGUGACAAAAAUAUCUUUUCACACAGUACAGUAUAUCUCUUGAACGGGUCCGGGUGGGCCUUUCCAAGCAACAGCUGAUUCUGGACCAGAUCCGGUUUAGGUCUGGCCCACAUUAGGUCAGAUUAGUCAGUUUGGGUUGGUCAUCAGCUCUGGCUGGACGGGGCGCCUGAGGGUCUGCGGAGAGUCAAACGAGUAACCAUUGCAUUGGGAGCAUAGCCAUAGGGAAACCCCUCAUGAAGGGGAGUCUUCAUUUCAGUCUUUACUGGCCACUGCUGCCACCAUAUUUACACGGCGCUAUUGUGCUGCUUCAGAAACAGUUGUGUACCAAAGCCUAGACGCAAAUCUCAGUGUUGCUGUUAUCGUGACUAGUCGUCAUGGUGAGGCUGGGUUGUGAGUGUGGGUGGGUGAGCGAGCGAGCGGGAGACAUGGGAGUGGAUUGAAACGACUACCCUCACAUAUCUACCGAAGCAGCCACCUCCUGGAGGAAGAGGAGAAAGUAGUUGAAAUAAAGACCUACAGUACAUAUGAUUAUUGUAUAUCAGUAGACUGAGGUUGGUGAUGAUGCACUAUUUCUGUGUCUUUGCACACCAGGUCAAAAUGUUGUUAUUGUCAUCGUCGUUGUCGUCGUUGUUCUUUUAAGUAGAAUAGCCAUUUUGAUUCAAAAGGCUCCACACAACAGGGUUUGUUGUUUUAUUUUUUCGACUUUUUUUUUAAAACUAUGAAAUCUUUUUAAGUUUUGGCUUUAUCACUCAGACGUUGACUGGAAUCAGUAGGAAGCAGUUCAUCAUCACAGUACUCAACAGCAAAUACUCAUGAUCUCAUGUGCAGUGAGUUGUAGUUACAUUGUGUCUUGUGAUUUGAAUUUAGUCCAGCUGAUCAUUUUUAAGAUCUUUUGUUUUUCUUCUUCUUCUCUAGGUUACUGAGGAAGCCGUUGUUUCAGUGUAGCUCAUACUUUUAUCCAGCACUGUUAUGUUGUGAAAUUGUAAAAUGUUACAUAUUUUUUAGCAAAAUAUUCGAUGUUCUGACAUUGUAUCAUAGGAGAAAAUGUGCCAAACGUUUCAAGUAAGGAAGAACUGGAAGCAUUUGCUCUUUAUGUUCCUCCCGUUGGCUAACACAAGCAAUGGGACGGCUCCUCUAGCACCAUCUGACCAAUGGGACGGCUCCUGUAGCCCCAUCUCACCAGUGUGGAAUCGACCAAUAAAACACAGCAUUUUUUUUAAAGUGUCAGUCAGAGGGAUCAAGUCUUUUGACACCAUCACUAUGAGUAGGAAGCGCAACAUUAAGAAGAGAAUCUAUGGAGAUGAAAGAUGCAGUAGUUUAUUCACUGAGGCUAUGGUGCUGAAUUGAAAAAGUGGCUGCGCUGCAAUGAUAAGAAGUUGGCCCAAGGUGUCAGUUCACAUCAGCUGUAGCUACCCCUCAUCCCUGCAGGGGGCGUAGUUGUGCAUUGCACAGCAUAGCACACAACACACUUGUGCAUAAACGGUGUGACCUUCCUGAAAUUCUCAAAUUAAAGCUGUACAUUGUUCAGAAUAUUUCUCUGGUACCUUUCUGCUAGCUCUGCAAUUAUUCAUUACCAAAGCACUGUGUAAUUUUGUUUGUUUGUUUUUCGACAGUACUUUGUGGUGGUGUACCUUAGAGCUGACCAGCAAUGUAUGUGUUUAUUUUUCCCGCACUAUACUCAUUUACUUUGCAGUUUUUUAUAGCCUCUUCAAGUCAUAACAUCAUAUUCUUGACUAUCGAUAUGUGCUCCGUCUCUAGGACAGACGGGCGUCUAUUUUAUUUCUUAAGGGGUUGGUGAGGUACAAUUGUGACCAUUUUUCUUCUCUCUCUCUCUCUCUCACUCUCUCUUCUAAUCUACUGGCUAUUUUCAGUAAGUCCUGCUUUUGGACCUGCUAGAAGGGCAGGAGAAGGCUAGCUCUGAAAGAGGAAGUAGUUUAAAAUGACAGCGGAUAGCGUUCUCCGCUCAAACGUGGGCAUGUGUCUGCCACUGUAUGAAGCGGGAGUAUGCAAACCUAAACAGAUAGCUAUGAUGAUAAGAGCUAGGUGGGUAGAGGGAUUAAGCUUAAUCACAGGGAGAUGAGCACAUCGACAUAGACCCUCUCAGAAGCACAUAGCAGAGACACAGGCAUAGGUAAUUGCAUAUGAAUGAGAAUGUAAUCUACCUCAAGGAGGUCUUACUAGAGGUCAACACCUGUGCAAUCAUUCUCCCAGUUGUUUGGGCGUGUGUGUGUGUGUGUGUACACAAAGUGUGUAUUGUCUUUCAUUUCCCCAAUCCUCUAUUCUGAGGAAUGGCCUGUGUGUGUGCGUGUGCGUGUGCGUGUGCGUGUGCGUGUGUGUGUGUGUGUGUGUGUGUGUGUGUGUGUGUGUGUGUGUGUGUGUGUGUGUGUGUGUAAGCGCGUGUGCAUACAUGCAAAUGUGUAUGCAUUACUGGCCUAUACAUCAUUAAGAGGUCAGCUGUGUGUGUGUGUGUGUGUCUGUGUGCAUGCAUUUGAGCUGUUAUGCUUUCUAGAUAGACUGUCAUAACAAAGACCUGUGAGAUGUUAAAUGUGGGUGCAAACAUAGUGGAGCUUAGCCCUUUAAAUUAAAUUUGUGCCUCUUAAGUAAUUUAAAUAAAGUGCUGGAACAUA